AUGUCGAUAAACCUUGUACUAGAGGAGAUCAAAGGGUCACCUACGUCUUCAAUUAUACCGACACUUUCACUCCUUUGCAAUGAUAAGUCCCUUCUUUCGCAGAUCUCCAAAUCCAAUUUACAACAUUUGACAUCACGUACAUUACAACUCUGUCGUUCUAGCGAUAUUUACAGUAAAUGGUGUGGAAUAAACUGUGUAUACAUUCUUUGUCAAAACUAUACCAUAUUGGCUAGCGAAGGAACUAAUUUUCUUACUCAAUUGAUCACCAUUUUGGAAAGCUAUAAUAGUACGAUAAACGUAUUAAUCUUGAGUAGUGCUGUUGAUGCUGUCAAUAUGUUGAUGCGCAUGAUCAGAGGCAAGCCUACAUUAACGCGUGAGAUCUUAACUCCCAAAUUGAGUACUAUUAUUGGGUUAUAUUUGAAGAAUAUUCAAUAUGACGCCACGUUGUGCAUCAAGUCACUUUAUGAGAUAAUAAAGUUUCAUCCAAACACAUUCAGACCUUUUGCUAACAAGUUUAGCUUAAAGUUGUAUGGUUUAUUGCGAGAAGAAGGAUUUGCCGAAUAUUCUCACAAGUUGAAAGUUGCAAUUUACAGAGCAUUGGCCAUAUUACCAGUGAUUGAAAAAAACGACCCCGAUGUGAAAUGGGGCAAUGAUGUAAAAAGUAUAGUUGGAGAGAUAACCGGUAUAUUAGGCGUUUAUCAGGAGUUCCUUAACUUCAAAGAUGAUGCUAGCUUGGACAUGUUAUUGAAGAAGUUGCCUAGUACAGCAAGAGGAGAAAGAGGACAAAAUUUAUUCAAUGAUUUAGAAAUUGAUGUGAAUGAACCGGGUGGGUUCUUGCAAUUGAGUAAUCGUGUUGGGAUAUUGUUAGCCUUGCUAAAGCAUUAUAUCACGGAUGGAGGAGUUCCCGGUGUAAGAAUCCCCAUUGGGAUGAUCCUUGUGCUCAUUGAAGUUGUGUUUUCAAUCAACACGAGGUUUUUGUCAUUCAAGAGCGAUGUUCGCGACGAGGAAGUUCGCAAAUUGGUUAGCUUGACGUUGGUAAAAAAUCAUUUGAGCACAUUGGACUUGUUGAGAUCGUUAUUAAAGUUUAAAGGCGACUUGAUACCUCAUUUGUACCACAUUUGGACAAUCUUGGAAUUCCUUGUGCCGGUCAAGAAUAACAACAAUAGUAGUAGUAAAAAAGUUAGUUCAUCAGAUGUGUUUAAAUAUGAACUGCUCUAUGUUGAGCAAUUGAAAUGUGUUGGUGACUAUUUGAAUUUGGUGGGUACUGUUUCUGAUAGUUCAGUGUUGUUGCCAUUUAUUGAUGUUGCUUUAGCCUUGACCGAAGUUAGAAAAGAGACAUUACUAGGAGAACAACAAGCAGCUGAUAAGAAGAAGAAUGGAAAGACAAAGAAGAAAAAGAAUACAUCUGCCGUUGCCUUAUCGGAUAUCUUAUCUCAUGAACAUUUAUUUCAAAGCGUUAAUUCCGAAAUCACAUUAUCUGUAGUGAGGUCCUUUCUAAACCAGGUAAUUCAGAGGAUUGAAUUACCACCACAACAACAUUACAGGACAAUGAAGUUCAUUAUCAAGGAAAGUAUAGUGCAGAAAAAUGCCAAUUUGGAGAGUAUUGUACCGAAAUCAUUGAGAGAUUUGUUGGUUAAUGCCGUGUUGAACCCGGGUUACGAUAAGAGUAACAUUUUGCCUAUUGUAUCUUCAAUCUUGGAAGAUGAUCAGUUGAUCUCAGUGUUUAACAAUCCGAGAUUCCCUGCGUUGCCCAAAUAUUACUCUAUAGAGUCUACUGAUGAAGGAAAGAAGAAUGUCAAGGAGGAGGAUGAGAAGGAGGAGGAGGAGGAGGAGGAAGAAUGUGGAAAGACGGAAAAGAUGGAGGUUGCUGAAGGGAAGAAAUUUGGCAGUGCAAAGGAGACUGCCAUAUAUAAGUUGCUAAAGGAGCAACAGCUUGAGCAACAUGAGCAACAUGAGCAACAUGUUGAGCAAAGCAUGCAUGAGGAGAAGCAAUUGAAAGAUGAUUCUGAAGAAAAUAUAUAUGCAUUUACCAGUUCCAAAAGACCCUUUGAAAGCGAUGGCGGUGAUGGUGAUAACGGCGGUGACGGCGGUGUAGUUUUUGGCAAAAAGACGAAAAUAGAGAUAGACUCUGGAAAUGCUCUGGUUGUUGAACGAAUUGAGGAAAAGGUUUUUGCAAGUGGUGAUACAAGAGCAGAAAAUAGUAUACUGAUAAUCACUUCUAACCAAGACGAUGAGUGCUCAGACUUUGAGAUGCCAGCUAUUAACGUUGAAGAAGAUACAGAGGAGGAAGAUGAGGAAGAUUAG